CGAAAGAUAUUUUUAAUUUAAACGUCAGAAAGAUAAGACAUUUGCGGAGUACCGGAACAUAGUGAAAUAUACUUUGUUUUUGUGAAAAGUGAAAAAUUUUCUAAACGUUUUUGACAUAUUCAAAUAAAAUAGUCAAUUAAAUACAAAAUGGAAUCUAACAAAAGAAAUAUCCCAAUUAAAUUAGGCGAUUUCAGUGUAAUCGACACAGAAUUCUCAAGUAUCAGGGAGCGUUUCGAUUCUGAAAUGCGUAAAAUGGAAGAGGAAAUGGCUAAAUUUCGCCAUGAAUUGAUGAACCGUGAAGCUAACUUCUUUGAAUCCACCAGCUCUACUAAAAAGACUACAACAACAACCAGCAGCAGCGCAUCAACAAAUUCUUCAGCUUUGGCCUCUGCUCGUCCUAAACAAAAUUACGCUGCGGAUAUAAGCUCGCCUCUAAUUCAGGAGGAUGGAGACAACAAAGUAUUAAAGUUACGUUUCGAUGUCAGCCAAUACGCCCCCGAAGAAAUUGUUGUGAAAACUGUUGAUCAAAAAUUAUUGGUGCAUGCAAAACAUGAAGAAAAAUCGGACACAAAGAGUGUUUACAGGGAAUAUAAUCGUGAGUUCUUAUUGCCCAAAGGAGUAAAUCCCGAAUCUAUUCGUUCAUCAUUAAGCAAGGACGGUGUAUUGACUGUGGAUGCUCCAUUACCAGCACUAACUGCGGGUGAAACAAUGAUUCCAAUUACACACAAAUAGACAAUAAACUAAACUGCAAGAACCGCAACUGCAACACUUAAAAUAAAUAAAAUUUCUAUCUAAAAUUAUAACCCUUAAAUUUAAUUAAAUUCUUAUAAGUUAAAAAAUAUCAAAAAGCUUAUAUAUUUCUAUUUUAAAAUAAAAAUUAAUAUUUAAAUUCGUUUUAACUUUUACUGUAACUUUGAUCAUCAUUUUAGUUUUUUUUCUUUAAAUAAUUGUUUAAGAAUUUUUUAAGCAUAUUUGUUUUACAAAUGUAACUCCAAAUUGAGUAGGAAAACCAAAAUUUUUAUUUAAAAUACAAAUUUUUAUUUACUUUAUUAUUAAAAUAUUCGAAAAUGUGUUUUAUUUUUCUUUAAUAUUUAUUAUCUAUUAUGUGUACGUUAAACGCUUUGAAUGUUGCUUUGUAGUCUAAAAUACACUAAAAAUUAAGAAGCUUUUCUUACAACUAAGGUUGCGAUUUUAUAAGAGUAUUGAAAUAAAAAAAAAAUAAAUAUUUAUACAAUUUUUAAUGAAACAUGUAAUAUGUUUAAAAAAAAGUAUAUUUGAUAUAAGUAUUAAAAAAACACAACGCAAAUCUCAAUUACACCGCAUCGAUGUGUUCGUUUUAAGAAUAUCUCUUGAACUAUAUUAACAUUUUGAAGCUUAUUUAUUAUAAAUCAAUCAAACGUAGUGAAUCAAAUAAAUAUUA